GCGGGAAAACCGUUUUGCGAAUUUAGACAUUAGUUGCACUUACUAAGUUUUUAAUAUUCUAAAGAAAUUUCUAAAUUCCUUACCAUUUUUCCCCUGAAUAUCUGCUAUAUAUAUAAACUUUAAAAAUGUUUUACUACCCAAACGUCCUCCACCGCCAUACUGGAUGUUUUUCAACAAUUUGGUUAGCAGCCACCAGAGGUAUCAGGGUCACUCGCAGAGAGCUUCUCAAAGUCAAUGUCAAGCGAACAUGCACAGACAUUUUGGACUAUGUGACAGCUCAGGUUCCCCCACCGCAACCCAACCUACCGAGGCCUCGGUUCUCUCUCUACCUGUCAUCCCAGCUGCAGUAUGGAGUGGUUGUAGUCUACCACAGGCAGUGUGGCUUCCUGCUCGAGGAGGUUCAACAGACCAUUGACCGCCUGCUGCGCUCUAAAAGAUGCAUACGUAUUGACAUGGCUGAGUCUGACAGGCUGGCCUUGGAUGUGCCUAACAGCCUGUACAGGAUGGAGGAGGCUGAAGGAGCUCAGGACCCCUUCUUUGGUCUCAUGGAAUCACACCAACUGCCCAGCCCCUAUAAAAUACACCAGCCAAUGUUGGUGAUUGAAGAGGCAGGUUCACAGCACUCCCUGGUGCCCAGUCCCCACACCACACUUGACAAAGAGGGUUUCAGGUCACCUCCAGCUGACAUCACCCUGACAGAGAAGGAGCAGUUGCUCAUCACCGCUGCUGAGUAUUUUGAGGGAGAUGACCUUCCUGAAGCCACAGCCAGAGAGAUUGACUUGUUGAUGGAUCAACCAGACCAGUUCCGUAGAGAGGUGGAGGAGCAGCAGGCAGAGCAGAGGACCAGGGAACUUGAAGGAGCCAUGUCCUCUAUUGACCAGCUGAAGGAGACAGUGCUGGGAGCAGAGCGGGACAGUGUGUGGCUGUUAGACGAAGAGUUGGGUCAGCCUGUGGAGGUUCCUCUGGCAGGUGUUGCCCUGGAGAUGACCCCGCCGCAGGUUGCCAUGCCAACGCCACCCUCUGGGGCAUCUGGGAAAGAGGGAGACAGAGCAACCGAAAGUCCCUAUGAAGAGGUGGUUGUUCCUCCUCUUAGGAAGCCCGGUGGAGGUCGCAGGCGUCAGCUGGUCUUUGCAGACCCUCAGGUCCAGAUAUCUGACAGAGCAAUGCAGGAACAGAUCAGAAACCCACUGGCUGAGACACUGGACCUGUCCAAGGUGUUGCUGGACUUGACCUCCUUGACUACGUGUGCCACACCUGCUCAGCUCUUCAACGCCCCCUGUGGAUCCCUCCCCCAUGCUGACCUCCAGUCACUAUGGAAACAGUGUGCCUCAUUCACCGUCCUGCCUGGACAUAGGGAAAGACAGAGAGGGGAGGAGGAGGAGGAAGAAGAAGAGGAGGCAAGAGGGGAGUCAGAGCAGGACAGAGAAAUACUGAGGACAGAGAGGAAGAGGAAGCACUUAAGCAUGAGGGAGAUAUCCAGUGAGUCAGGGCUGCAACCCGCAGAGGGCUCAUCUGUAUUAGAUGUGAUCCUGGACAUGUCCAAAGAGGACAAAUCCGUAAGCGAUGUGAUCACUCCCGUCAGCAGAUGGUCUCCGCAAGAGGAGGCCCAGCUACCGAUGGAGCCUAUAGCGGAGGAGAACAUCGAGAUGCCCGAGGCUCAGACUGACACAGAGAGCAGGGACAUGCUGAGGUGGAUCUCCUCCAACCUGCAGAGGUUUGGAGAAGUCACCUUUGACUCUCUGGUGCCCCCAGAGGUCGACCGCACCACUGCAGCUCACACACUGCACAAACUGCUGGAGCUGCUGUCUGCUGGCCAGGUGACUGUACAACAGGCUGAACCCUACAGUAACAUCACUGUACACCCCGCAGCACUCAGGAUGACUGCCUGAACAUAUACACGUACAGUAACUCACACUAUAGUCCUGCACAGGUACAGUUAAUGCUACUUUUUUAUUGAUGAAUAUAAUGAAUGACUUUGAUCCUGUGACUCUUUUAGUAACACAUGAGAUCAUCAAAACUCACACUCUCAUGAUAUCUUUCAUUGUGUAAAAAAGAUGACACGGGUUAAAUGUUUUUAUAUGAUUGUUAAAUUACUCAGAAGGGUGAACUUUGCUUUUACCCAGUGUUUUAAAGAAUGUUUACAAAAUUUUUAACCAUUUUAAUCUGGUUAUAUUUUGUUCAUGUGGUUGUAUUUUUAAAUAUUUAUUGCCAUUGAGUUUCUCAGUGUUACAUAAUUUAAUUUCACAUACUGUUAUUGAAGUUUUAAACAUCUGGACCUAGUAAGUGUUGUUAUUCAGUUUGUAUCUUCUGUAUGGCUUUUUAUCCUUUGUAAUGAUUUUAAAUUAAGCUUUUUAUACAGUCUGUAUCUGCUGUGUGAAUUUUUAUCCCUUUAAAUUAUUCUAACUUGAAAUUUUAAUAAAAUGUGUUUUGCUCAGUAGAAUAGCAUAUGAUCUCAAAUUCUUCUUCCAAACUCCAAACAUAUUCAGGCUGGAUAAACUUUGUAUUUCUGUAGUUAUUUGUGAGGUUUGUGAUUUUCUAUUGUUUUCUCUAAUAUUAACUGUUCCAAGAAUCACUGUCAACAUAUU